AUGAAGAGUGACCACUCCAAAGACAUCCCUCUGGUGUUCAGGGAUGAAGCUGCACCUUCAAAAGAGUGGAUGAACAAUGUGAAGGAGCAGCUGUCCGUCUGUGCCUUGUGUCAGGAGGAUCUUAGGGAUCCAGUCUCCACCAGCUGUGGACAUUGGUUCUGCAAGCGGUGCAUCACCUCAUACCGGGACAUGUCUGGUGCAUCAGAAGACUCUGCGUGUCCCCAGUGUGGAGGAAGAUCCAGAACUGUACCUGGACUGCAGACACACGGUCAAACCAGCACAGUGAACGGCGUUCUGCAGGAGGUUUUAGACGAGCAUAAGAUCAGUCUGAGGAGGAGAUGUGAAUUUGUGACAGAAGGAACUGCUGCAGCAGGAACUGGAACCCCCCUCAAUAUGAUCUACACUGAGCUCUACAUCACACAGGGAUGGAGGGAAGGGGUUAAUACCCAACAUGAGGUGUGGCAGUUGGAGACAACAUCCAAGUUGGAGACCCUCAGUGACACUCCAAUCAAGUGCCAUGACAUCUUUAAACCCUUACCUGGCCAAGACCCACACAUCAGAGUAGUUCUGACGCAGGGUGUUGCCGGGAUUGGAAAAACCUUCUCAGUGCAGAAGUUCACUCUGGACUGGGCAGAGGGCUUGGAAAACCAACAUGUCAGUCUUGUGGUUCUGCUUUCGUUCCGGGAGCUGAACUUGAUCAAAGAUGAGCGCUACAGUCUUCUCCGGCUGCUCCGUGUUUUCCAUCCAACAUUACAGACGGUCACAGCAGAGAAGCUCGCCGUUUGUAAAGUCGUGUUCAUCUUUGACGGCCUGGAUGAAAGCAGGUUUCUAUUGGAUUUCCAGAACAAUGAGGUUGUGUCUGAUGUCACACGGACAUCAUCAGUAGACGUGCUGUUGACAAACCUCAUCAAAGGGGAUCUGCUUCCCUCGGCUCUCCUCUGGAUAACUUCCAGACCUGCGGCGGCCAAUCAGAUCCCUCCUACAUGUGUCGACAGGGUAACAGAAGUCCGAGGGUUCACUGACCUCCAGAAGGAGGAGUACUUCAAGAGAAAAUCAGGUGAUGAGGAGCUGUCCAGCAAAAUCAUCUCACACAUCAAGGCGUCCAGGAGCCUCCACAUCAUGUGCCACAUCCCAGUCUUCUGCUGGAUCACUGCUACAGUUCUGGAGCACAUGUUGACUACAGACCAGAGAGGAGAGCUGCCCAAGAGCCUGACUGAGAUGUACUCACACUUCCUGCUGGUUCAGACACAGAGGAAGAAGCACAAGUACGAUGAGAAUUGUGACAGGAGUCAGCAAGAGCUGAUGGAGACUGACAGGGAAGUUCUUCUGAAGCUGGGCUGGCUGGCGUUUGAACAUCUGGAGAAAGGGAACCUGAUGUUUUACCAAGAAGACCUGGAAGAGUGUGGUCUUGAUGUCACAGAGGCCUUGGUGUACUCAGGAGUGUGCACAGAGAUCUUCAAAUCAGAGUGUGUGCUCUUCCAGAGAAAAGUCUACUGCUUUGUUCAUCUGAGCAUUCAGGAGUUUCUGGCUGCGGUCUACAGGAUCCACUGUCACACCUACAGAGGCCUAGGAGAAAAUGGGGACUGUCAAGAAAGUGGAAAAUCCCUGGAUGCCUUCCUGAUGAGAGCCAUGUCUGAAGCCCUGGAGAGCAAAAACGGUCACCUGGACCUCUUUGUCCGCUUCCUUCAUGGCCUCUCACUGGAGUCCAACCAGAGGCUCUUAGGAGGUCUGCUGGGUCAGACAAAGAGCAGGCCAAAAGACAUCCAGAGAGCCAUCAGAAACCUGAAGAUGAUGAACACCGACCGUGUCUCCCCUGACAGAAGCAUCAACAUCUUCCACUGUUUGAUGGAGAUGAACGACCUCUCGGUGCAUCGGGACAUCCAAGAGUUCCUGAAGUCAGAGAACAGAUCAAAGGAGUGGCUUUCUAAGAUCCAGUGCUCAGCUCUGGCCUACAUGCUGCAGAUGUCAGAGGAAGUUCUGGAUGAGUUGAACCUGAAGGCGUACAAAACAUCAGAGAAGGGACGACGGAGACUGAUCCCAGCUGUGAGGAACUGCAGGAAGGCUCGGCUCUCAAACUGUGAACUAUCAGAAAUUCACUGUGAAGUCGUGGCCUCGGCUCUUAAGUCCAACCCCUCCCAUCUGAGAGAGCUGGACCUGGGUGAAAACUCUCUGCAGGAUUCAGGAGUGAAGCUGCUGUGUGCCGGACUGGAGAGUCCAAACUGCAGACUGGAGAUUCUCAGACUGAGUUACUGCUACUUGUCAGAGAGCAGCUGUGAGUCUCUGGCCUCAGCUCUGAAGUCCAACCCCUCCCAUCUGACAGAGCUGGACCUGAGCGAGAACUGCCUGCAGGAUUCAGGAGUGAAGCUGCUGUCUGCUCUGGUGGAGAGUCCAGACUACAGACUGGAGACCCUCAGGCUGGAACAUGUAGAGGAUUGGAUUACAGCCGACAGUCUGAGAGGAUAUGUCUGUCCUCUCUCGCUGGAUACAGACACAGCCAGCAGAGACAUCUAUCUGUUUGGUGGGACGCGGGUGAUGGGCAGGAGGAUGCAGCUGCUGAAUCCUGAUCACCCACAGGGAUUUCAAUACCCUCAUGUUCUGUGUAGGGAACGUCUGGCCAAGCGAUGUUACUGGGAGGUGGAAUGGAGUGGAAAGGUUCAUAUAUCGGUGACUUACAGAGGGAUCAUCACAGGUAGGUCUGAGAUUGGAUACAACAACCAGACUUGGACUCUGGAGUGCUCUGAUUUCAGCUACAACAUCAGACAUGGCUGGACCUUCACUACACUCUCUGUCCAUCCUCUUGAGUCCAGACGAGUGGGAGUGUAUCUGGACUGGUCUGCUGGCACUUUGUCCUUCUACAGGAUCACUUCGGACAGUCUGAGACUCCUCCACACCUUCAAGAACAAGUUCUUUCAGCCUCUCUCCCCUGCAUUCUCGCUGUGGUCUCCCAGUGCUAGCCUGACUCUGCUGCCAGUGGGUGGCUGGUUGGCUCCCUACACCGUGCAUGAAGUGGGCCGGUUUGUCAGUGACUCCUGGGCCUUUUCCUGGGCUCUUUCCCCCCAGUCCGCCCCUAGAGCCCAGUCUGUGAUUUAG